AAAAAAUAUAUAGUGGAGUAUUAAGUCAUAGUUUGGUUAAGUGAUUAAUGGGAAUACAGGUAAAGAUUGAAGGGUUGGAGCAGUGAGCAGAAUAGAGAGGAGUGUGAGAGAAGAGAAGUAGAGAAGGGAAGGGAAGGGAAGGAAGGGGCAUUUUCUCUUUCUAUUUGAAGGCUGCGGACUGUGCUAGUCAUCUCCAUUCUCCAAACAAACAUCGAUUUUCUCGAAUCUUGUUUGCCAUCUCCAGUUUCCUCCAUCCACAAACCAACUUUCAACUUAUCCAUCACACCAUAUUAGAUUAGAUCUCCACGCACGCUGACAAAAACUGCUUCAAAACCCAACAAGUUAGUCCCUUUUAGGAACAGGAGAAUGCAGGAUCCAACGUUGUUCCAGCCCAUCAAACCCCACUUUCCCGAACAAGAACAACUCAAGUGCCCGCGUUGUGAUUCCACCAACACCAAAUUCUGCUACUACAACAACUACAACCUCUCUCAGCCACGCCAUUUUUGCAAGAACUGCAGAAGGUAUUGGACCAAAGGUGGUGCCUUGAGAAACAUCCCCGUGGGGGGUGGAAGCAGAAAGAACACAAAACGAUCAUCAAAUAACGCCAAACGCCCUGCACCAUCACCCUCACCCUCCUCUGCACCCGUCUCAGAACCCGACCCGACCCGGAAUCACCCCAACCCGGUGGAUCAGAGCACAAGGAUGCUUAGUGUUGGUGGGAGUUUCAGUUCCCUUUUGGCAUCAAGUGGCCACUUGGGGAACCUCUUGGAGGGUCUCAAUUCAAGUGGGUCGAGUCUAAAAAUUGUGCAAAUGGAAGAGUUUGGGGAGAAUGUUUCGGGUCAAGUGGUGGAUCCGGGUUCGGGUCGGAAUCCUGGGUUGGAUAUGCAAAGUGAUGGCGCUGCAGAGAGUUUUCUGAGUAUGCAAAAUGGUGACACAAGCUGUUGGAAUGGGACUAAUGGGUGGUCUAACCUUGCUAUUUACACUCCUGGCUCAAGCUUUCAGUGAUGAAAAAAUCAAUUGAAUCUUUUUGGCUGAAUCUGGCUUUUACUACUUACAAUGCUACACUUUGCCAUGCUGAUCUGUAUAUGUAGACAUGUUGUGAAAAGGGUUACUUAUAUUAUAUAUAUAACUAGGUUAAGCUUAAGCCUGUUGAAUGUUGGUAUAUGAUAUAUCAUAUAUGUGGUUAUAGGGAGGAUCACAAACCAGAAGAAGGCCACUCAAUAGGAUCAAUUAGGUAAAGUCUUUUCUUUUCUUCUGUUUCGGGUUUUUAUGCUUUUAUGAUGAAUGAUGGAAGAGACAAGGAAAGCUUGUCAUUUUUUAUGGCCGAGUAUGGAGAGAGAUGAAUGUUGUUGUAGUGAGGUUGUUUUGUUUUCAAUCUCAUCAUCACGUAGAGGAAGUGUUGCCAUGGCUUGGAGAUAUUCUAAUUUAUUUAAUCUAUCUAUCUAUGUAUGUAUUUCACA